AUGGCUUGCAGUCAGUUGUGGGCUUCAAGAGCUGCGUCAUACCUCAGGAUCUCUGUCUUUCACAGAGGCUUUUCUAAUGUUUUGAAAGACCUGAUGUAUUUGGAUUCUCAUGAGUGGGUGAAGGUUGGUGAAAAUUCUGCAACUGUUGGUAUAACUGAUCAUUUGGGUGAUGCUGUAUACGUUGAAUUGCCAGAAGUGGGAGCAACUGUAAGACAAGGAGGUAAUUUUGGUGCAGUUGAAAGUGUGAAGGCAACUAGUGAUAUUAACUCUGUCUCGGGGAAGAUUUUUGGGAUAUUCAAGUGUGAUGGAAUCCCACAAUCAGUCAACUCAACCGCUUAUGAAGAUGGAUGGAUAAUUAAAGUCGAAAUGAGUAACAGUGGUGAACUUAAUAACUUGAUGGAUUCAGAUCAGUACUCCAACUUUUGUGAAGAAGAUUCCAAGCACUGA